AUGGGUCUACACUAUGCUUACACGCAAGGCUUAGUUUACACGGCGUUCUGCAUCUUCUUCAUUGCCAUCUUAGAAGAUCAUGUUGAGUCGUCAUCGGAUGAAGUGUCAUAUGAAGUGUGCAUACCCCGCAAUUGUGGAGGCAACCAUGUGAACAUAAGCUAUCCCUUUUAUAUUCCUAGAGAAAGAAGAGACUCAUGCGGUUACCCUGGAUUUGCGAUCACUUGUGAAGGAACAAAAACUAUGUAUGGUUCCUACUCGGUUAAAAGCAUCUCCUACAAUGAGAGUUCCAUUGAACUAGUAAGCCAAAGGGAUACUUCUUGCUUUCUUCCUCCUUCCAUCGUCCCUUUACGUCCCGAAAACUUCUUCCUGAAGAUUACUGCUUCUCUUCAUCAACUAUUGUUCUUCUAUAACUGCACCAACACUUCUUUUCCCUUCCCUACAUCCCUUGUGAAUUGUACUUCUAACGUCACAUACAACAGCUCUGUUGCUUUACUUCCUAAUGACACUUUCCAAGCACAAAUUUCUGGAUCCUGCUCGUCAUUUGCAGUGGUACCAGUACAACUGGAGGGAGGGUUCUUGAAUCAAACUAUCGAAGAUGUCGACUACAAGGAAUUGUUGGAGAAAGGGUUCCGGUUAAAAUGGGAUUUAUUAACUAGCAAGAGUUGUAUUGGUUGUCAAGAAAGUGGAGGUCGAUGUGGACGAUCACGAGACACAGACUUUCUGUGCUAUUGCCCACAUGGAUUCAGUCAUCCCAAGGAUUGCAAUAGUGGCGGCGGAAAAGGACGUUGGUGGAAGAUAGGACUCGGUAUUGGAAUUGGAAGCUUGGCCAUCAUCCUGUUGUCCUAUAUGAUCCACUUGAAGAGGAAGAAUGCUUCUUUGAAGUUCCAUUUGAGAAACAGCACCUCACAUCCUCACUCCAAUUCAGACAUGGAAGAGAGCAAUGUCUACUUUGAAGUCCCCAUUUUCACAAGUACUGAACUUGAAGAAGCCACAAAUAACUUCUCUGCUUCCAAUGAACUUGGAGACGGAGGUUUUGGAACUGUUUACUACGGAAAACUUCGAGAUGGACGGGAAGUAGCAGUGAAACGCCUAUAUGAGUGGAACUACCGGAGGGUAAAGCAAUUCAUGAAUGAGGUAGAGAUACUAACCCGUUUGCAACACAAAAACCUUGUGUCUCUGUACGGUUGCACAUCUCGCCACAGCCGUGAGCUUCUACUUGUCUAUGAGUACAUCUCGAAUGGCACCGUUGCUGAUCAUAUCCACGGGCAGCGAGCAAACUAUUCUACUACAUUGCCUUGGCAGAUACGUAUGGACAUAGCCAUAGAGACUGCUACUGCAUUGACUUACCUCCACGCUUCUGACAUUGUCCACCGUGAUGUGAAAACAAAUAACAUCCUUCUUGACAAGAAUUUUGGGGUUAAAGUUGCAGAUUUUGGGCUUUCGAGGCUAUUCCCCGAUGAUGUGUCUCAUAUCUCAACAGCUCCUCAAGGGACUCCAGGUUAUGUGGACCCCGAAUACCAUCAGUGCUACCAGCUCACGGAGAAGAGUGAUGUCUAUAGCUUCGGAGUUGUUCUGGUCGAGCUUGUAUCAUCAAAGCCAGCUGUGGACAAAAGCAGAGAGAGGCACGAGAUUAAUUUGGCCAACUUCGCCAUUAACAAGAUUCAGAAAUGCGCGUUUGGGGAAUUGAUCGACCCAAAUCUAGGAUUUGAGUCAGAUAGCGAAAUCAAUAGGAUGACAACUUCGGUGGCCGAGUUAGCUUUCCUGUGCUUGCAACUGGACAAGGAAAUGAGGCCCCCAAUGGAUGUGGUUUUGGAGGAACUGAAGGCGAUCGCGUGGAAUGAUAAUGCUCCGGACAUAUUUGUUGAUGCGGAGGAGGGUGAAGGUGUCCUUGCUCCAUCUCCUUCGGAUUAUGACGAUUCCCAGCUACUGAAGAAUAUGCAGUUGACCCAUUCUCCAGUUUCUGUGACUCAAAAAUGGGGUAGCAGUGGCAGUUCUGCUCCUGGUGUUGAUCGUUAGAUUAUCCAUGUAGCCGUAUGUCACAUACUUUACGCACGUGAAUGCAAGUGAGCAGUCAUAUAUGUCGAGAAGUUACUGCUUUAAGUGCUGGGUCGAAAUCUGCAGGUAUGGACAUGGUAAUAAAGCACUUUUGUCAAUUUAGCUUGCACAUGAUAUUGAACCAUAUAUAGGUUAUUUAGUUUAUCUGUUGUUUGGUACUCCAAUUAAAAGUAUCCAACACGGCAUGGAUAUAUUGGUUAGCCGAAAAAAAGAACGACGUAUAAACAUGAGCAGAUUCAAGACAAAGAUAACAAUUAUAGGGAAGUCUUCAGAGAACAUCUUUCUCUAUGGUUGGUUUUGACUUAUUCUAAACUUCUGUGAUACAAUCAUUCAAGCUUAUAACCAUGGUGACUUGACAUAUGAUAAGAUGCAUAGCAGGUAGAACUAAAUGUUCUUUCCAUUACCCCCUUAAUUGAAACAGACUAGAGAAAAUUUUUGGAGGGGAA